AUGUCUCCUCAACAGCAUCAUCAACAGCCGCAACAUCACCUUCAGCAACACCAGCAGCACCAUCAUCAUCACCAGCACCAGCAACAACAACAACAUGCGUCUGGUAUUCCUUCGUUUCCAUUCAACCUGAACGAUGGCACCACACAGUUGGGUAUGCAGUUUGGAAAAUCCGCUGUGAUGGCUGGACAGGAAUAUGUUGAACAAAAUCUCAAUCGGUGGGUCAAUCGUGCAGCAUUACAGCCCUACUUCAAUGUCAGCAACCAGUACGUUGUCAGCAAACUCAAGUUGCUCAUCUUCCCUUGGCGUCAUAAGCUUUGGACUCGUUUAUUAAAACGCUCAGAGACAACAGGAGAGACCAUUGGAUAUUUGUCUCCUCGGGAUGAUAUCAAUGCUCCUGAUAUGUACAUUCCUGUCAUGGCCUUUGUUACCUACGUGCUUCUCAUUGGUAUCUCAAUGGGUGCUGAUAACAAAUUCAGUCCAGAGAUCUUGGGACCUACGGCAUCAUCAGCCUUGGCUGUUAUCUUGCUCGAGUUUACGAUGAUCAAACUGGUCAUUUAUUUGUUGAAUAUCACGAGUGAAGUUCCUAUCUUGGAUUUGUUGGCCUAUUCUGGUUACAAGUUUGUUGGAAUCAUUGUAUCCAUAAUUGCGCAAUUGGCCAAGGCACCAAGAUCAGUCUUCUGGGCCGUGUUUUUGUACACUGGCGCAGCAACUGGAUUCUUUUUGUUACGAUCAUUAAGAUAUGUCAUCUUACCCGAGUCAUCCACAGGCACAGUCUUGGCUCCUCAGCGGAAGCGCAGGAUCCACUUCUUGAUCUGUCUAUCGAUCUUACAGUUUGGUUUUAUGUGGAUCUUGGUCUAA